GCUUGUGUAACAUUUCCCUAAAGCUGCACUAGAACUGGCUUGGUGUUAGAUGUGAACACUGGCACAGUAAGUCCACAGAGCAGCAUCAGGAUGGAAGGGAUCUUCAUUGGUGUCUUGUGUCUCUCAGGGUGCCUCACCUUCUCCACAGGCCUCCUCCAUCAGUACCACUUUGUGUCUGAUGCAAUGACUUGGACUGAAGCUCAGAGCUACUGCAGAGAGAAGUACACAGACCUGGCCACUAUUGAAAACACUGAAGAAAUGAAGAAACUUAAAGACAAAGUUUCCGCAGCUGGUCACAUCUCUAGGGUUUGGAUUGGCCUGUACAGUCAUAUUGACUGGAAGUGGUCAGAUGGGUUCAACCACAGUGGAGCUAAAUAUUGGAAAUUGGUUGAUAAUCAACCAAACAAUUAUGGAGCCAAUGAGCUCUGUGUGAUCAUGAAGAGAAACGGGAAUUGGCAUGAUAUUAACUGCAAUAAAACCUUUCCAUUUGUCUGCUACAAUGACUUACUUGCAGGAACAUUAGAGGAUCCUGAGUUUGUGCGAGUGUAUACAAGAAAGACUUGGUCUGAGGCUCAGAGGCACUGCAGAGAACACUACACAGAUCUGGCCACUGUGAGGAACGACGCUGACAGAGAGAAGAUACAGAACUUGAUAACAACUCUCACAUCGGCAUGGAUCGGUUUGUACAGAGAUCCUCAGAUUUACUGGUCCGACGGGAGUAACUACUCAUUCCGCUCCUGGUUUCAGAGGGAACACCUACUUGACUCGAUGAAAGUCGAAUGUGGUGUUGCAGAUUUGGAUCAGGGAGGAGAAUGGAGGUUAGUUUCCUGUGAAGAAAGAAACCCAUUUGUCUGCUACAGCAUGCAUGGAUGGUGCUUCCCUGAGUGAAAGAGAGAGAACACAUCCUGACAUUAGAAAAACAGUUGUCUCAAUCGUGAUUCUUAUAACAUGAAUGCAUUAAUUCAUAUUUGGAUGAUGUUUGUUCUGUCUAUUGUUUCUUUACAGUGAGAGAAACUAGAAAUGUCUUUCGAUGCACUUGUAUGUUAUCACUUCAUUAAUUUGCUCUGUGAUGGUUCUUCAAGACAAACUGACACUUUGGAACAUUUUGACUGUCUGGUUUCAGACUCCUUCACUAAUUCUCCUUGUGAAUGAGAUUUCAGCUCUUAGCUCUCAGCAGCUUUAUGGUCAGAUUUAAGGUUUUAUGGGAACCCCUGUGUUAUAGAAAAUAGAUUGGUAAGAUUAAGUAG